UAAAAAGAAGAUUAAUGCUUCAAUUUAAAACUUUGCUUUUGAAUGUAUUGUUAACUAUUAGUAUCUGUUGUCAAUUUUAUUAUGACACAACAUACAAAUCAGAUAAUUCAUUGGUUUAUUACUUGCAAAAAUCUUAUCCUGCUGCACAUUAUGAAGCUUUUUUGAGAUAUCUUCAAUCUACCCAGCCUACCACAGCAACAUCUUCAUCUGCAAUUAGUGCUCUAGUUCCAUCCUCAAUUGCAUUGAGUGUUCCAUCUACAUCUGGAAUAAUUGUUACAUCUUCAGCUGCUACAAGUGUCCCACAACCUCCACAACAAUCAACACAACCUUCUGCUGAGCUUACCUAUGGUGCCUAUAGAAGAUAUAGGGACCAGCACCCUGGACCGAUGAGCAAUCGAUCAUUUUUGCGGUGGGUCCGGUUAGGAGGGAAUGAUGGGUGGAUACUCCAACCUGCAUCUUGUAAUGUGGUUGGAGAAGACUGAGAGGAAGGGGGGAGUUCCGUUACCCCCUCUGGCCCUCUAGACACCCCUUUUAUCUAUAGAGCUAUAUGAACUUGUAGCCUACUAUUAAAUCUAUCUUUUGAUACCAAGGUAUAGGCAUUUGGAUAAGAUUUGACAAAGUUAUAACAAUUUCAGUGAAAAAAAAAUUAAUUUUGGAACCAGUUUCUUCAAGAAAUCCAUAUAUCGAAAAUUUGCUACUAAAAACGUCAUAACUUUUUUUUAAAUUGUUCGUUUUUAAUAAUUUUUUCACCAUUAAAAUACAUUUUUGAAGGGCUUUCUAAUGAUAUAUAACAUUCUAGUAUAUGUUC